UUCUAUGCAAGUACGAUGCAACAAGGUAGACGAAGAAGGCAGGUGCAGGGGAAUUUUGCAGUAGGUGAUAGAGUUAUGGCCUUAUGGCCACCAAGUGGAACAUGGCACCCAGCCAGCAUAAAGGAGUUUAUUAGAGGCAAGUAUAAAGUUCAAUACCAUGAAGAUAGACUAACAAGAUAUUUGUUUGAACAUCAAAGAAUGGAAAGUUGCCUACUCAGCAAGGGAAAAAUCUGCAAAACAUCACCAUCGAAAGUGAAAAUAAUCUCUCUAGCGAUGAGUCUGAUAGCGACAAGGAAAAUGUUGGCGGAGAUGAAGGUUCAAUGGAUUCUGCAAGAGAGCAUGCCCAACCCAGGGGCACUAAAAGAAAAUGGAGUGAGGCAGAAAUCACAGCAAUACAGACAAUUGCACCAAUGCUGCAUCUAAAACUUCCUGGAAAAGAAACAAUCACAAAUCUGCAAAGAAAAUAUCCAGUUUUAAAGGAUAGAACGUGGAAAAACAUAAAGGAUUACUGCCGAAACAACAAAAACAAGCUGUUGAAACAAUAAAGUG